UUAAACCCCAGCUCCUCACUGCGCUAGAGCAGGCCUCCACAGGGUCCGGUCCGGGACAGGCAGCAUGGCCCCAGGAGAGGCUGCGCGGGAGGAGGGCCCGGCCAAGAGGGCCCUGCGUAAGGUGCGCACGGCCACCCUGGUCAUCCACCUGGCCCGCGGCUGGCAGCAGUGGGCCACUGAGAACAGCACCAGGCAGGCCCAGGAGCCGCCGGGCUGGGUGCCAGGAGCGACUCCGGACGCAGCACCUGCUCCCAAGCCGGCCAGGCACCCCGCCGCCCUCCAGGAUGCCCCGAGGGCCACAAAGUCCCCGUCCCCAAAGCCAGAAGGAAAUGAAAACGGACAUGGCUCAGGGGAGGCCACCGAAGCCUCAUGCAUCAGAAGGAAGGAGGUGACCAGAAGUGUGGUGAGCAGGGCUUACGAGAGAGGGGGCGACAUGAGCGCCCUCGGCCAGCGGUACGAGCAGGAGGGUGGCCCGCCGGGGCCCGCCCAGCCGGAGGACGCUGUGGACAGGCUCCUCCGCAGCCACGGGUCCCCGACUCGCAGGAGGAAGUGUGCCCGCCUGGUGUCGGAGCUGAGCAGGGGCUGGACGGAGCUGAGCCAGGAGGCGCCCACGUGGAAGAGUGACAGCGUGGACACGGAGGACAGCGGCUACAGUGAGGCUGAGGAGAGGCCGGAGCUGGAGGCGGCCCAGGUGGCCGCCACGAGGAUCAAGCGCCCCCUGGCCUCCCAGGCGGGCAGGUACGCGGAGCAGCUCAGCUGCAAGGCCCAUCGGAAGCACAGCCAGGUGGGCAGCCUGACCGGCAGGUGGCAGCAGUGGGCAGAGGAGCACGUCCAGACCCAGAAGCUCAAUCCCUUCAGCGAGGAGUUUGACUACGAGCUAGCCAUGUCCACGCGCCUGCACCGAGGCGACGAGGGCUACGGCCGGCCCAAGGAGGGCACCAAGACGGCGGAGCGGGCCCAGCGCGCCCAGCAGCACAUCCACCGCGAGAUCACGGAGCUGUGCCUGGUCAUCCGCACCAUGGCGCGCCGCCGCCGGGACGGCAGGGUGCAGGUCACCUUCGGAGAGCUCUUCGACAGGUACGUCCGCAUUUCGGACAAGGUGGUGGGCAUCCUGCUGCGUGCCAGGAAGCACGGCCUGGUGCACUUUGAGGGAGAAAUGCUGUGGCAGGGCCGCGACGACCAUGUGGUCAUCACCCUGCUGGAGUGACCACGUGGCCAUCGCCUGCCCAAGUGACCAGCUGGCCAUCACACUUCUGGAGUGACCAGGUGGCCACUGUUCUCCUGGAGUGACCAUGUGGCCGCUGCCUGCUCGAGUGACCAAGUGUUGGUGCCCUGUGGAGCGAGCCUUCACCAAGUCAGAUGCGGCCCACUCCUGUCCUACCGCUCAACACCAGCCUGUUAAAAACUACAACGCAAGCUGGUCUCCAACAAGCCAACAAAUACUAAACAACUCUUACAUAAAUGAAUUUUGCCGUGCUUCUGAAGAGGCUUGAAAACUGUGACACAGAAAACAUUUCCGAAAGCACUCACAAAAUGUUAAGUAUAAUUAUACUAGUAUUUAAAAUUCUACUUACCUUUUUAAGAGAAAAAUAUUUGGCUAUCCACUGAAAAAAUUACUACAGAUUUUACAUAUUACAUCUAAGAAGACUGUGGACUUCACACAGAUUGCAAAACAUGUCAGUGUCAUUUUUUAUGAAGAUUCCAUUAAAUUUGGUUUAAAAUUCCCAAGAAGUUGGACUUGUUUUACUUUUUAAAGCACAGCAUCUCUUACAAGACAGUUACGUCUUCAGCUAGGCUCCAACUGCCGUGCUUACUCCGGGCGCUUGGACGCACCAGCCCCCUGCUGCUGUGGGACCUGAGCAAAGCUCGGGACACACUCUCCGCUGCGGCCCAGGACCGGUGAAGGUGGUCACAUCGCAGUGCAGACCGGGCUCCCCAGCCGUCCUGGGACUCCUGUGCCAGCUGCGUUUUCCUCAAAGUCUUAACGAGUCAUGCGGCUCACAUUUACUUCAGAGCACAAUGAAAAAGAAGAAUCUUACUGAAUCACUGUUGAAUUAAAAGCUGACUUAAGGCAUUUUAAUUUUCUUUUGUAUUUUAAACACAGAAACAUAACUUUGUCUAAAAGUCAUGAAAAAGCAAUACUAGUCCUGCCAAGGUAGGAAAAAAAAGAACUGAGUGGGAGCUUGCAAGGAGCCAGCUGUUUCGUACCACCUGCUGCUUGUUAAUUUCUCCUUAAUUACAUUUAACGGCUUACAGGAGCCUAAAACAAAGUGGAUAAAAUGUGAGAUACAAUUCUCACCGAAUUCAAGGAAAAUUAUAAUACAUUAUUACACUAUUUUGGUAGUAAAUACAAGAAAUAAGGUCAAAUUAUUACACCUCAAAAUAUUAAGUAUUCAUGAUUGUGUUAGGUUUAAACUAAAACACACAUUAAACUACCUUAGGCAUUAUCUUUGCUUUCCUGUAUGAUUCUUUCAAACUGAAAGUUCCAAUAUCUUCUUAAAGAAGAAAAUGUUUUGUUUCCAUACAAGAUUUGUAAAAUUAUAAAUUAAUGGCAAAUAUUUCUUAGAAUUAUGAUGCACACUCCUGUAACAGUGAAAUCUGUCAAAAAAAUCUUAAAAAGGCAUAAUAAAUGAUGCUCUUAUAUUUUGUUCUUUUUUACACUAUUUUUAGAUUAUACUCCAUAUUACCACUUCUUUGUAUUUGAAAUACAACAAAAUUACAGGGUAUCACUUGGGUUUCUCCUACAAUCAAUAGAGCAUUUGGACCAGUGCUUCAAGAGUUCCCUCCCAUUCAACUAGAAAUGGUGACUUUAUGUGGCCACUGACACAGACUAUGCAAAAUCAAUGAGGGCCUGGGGAUUUAGCUUAGCGGCACAGCGCCUGCCUGACAAGCCCAAGGUCGUGAGUUCAAUCCCUGGUACCGGAAGAAAAACAAAAAUCAAUCUGAAUUUGCGGAUGGAGGAAAAGGCCUGUUCUCAGCUAUCUGACACUCACAAACACUUCUGAAUUGGGCCUGGCUGUAAACCCAGGAAGCUGGUCUGGGAGGGCGCCUGUUGUGUGUCGCAGCGCACCCUCCUGCGCUGGGUGUCGUCCUUAAGAGCUGCUCAUAUGACACGGGAACAGCUCGUGGGUUGACAUUUUCUCUGUUGUAUGUUAUUAGGCUAAAUAUAUUUUAUUUGUAAGACCAUUUGUUCUAUUAUUGUCUUCCAACCUGGAAUCCAAAGAAUAUUUUCUCCUCAACCAAAUUAUUGUUGUAAAAACCCCACCAUAGGGAAAUUCACAGUUGAAAAAGUUAGGACCUCGUGACAAACCAUAAUACAACUCAGCAAACAAGCUUUAAUGAAAAUUCUCAUAUUUUUAUCAUCACAGAAAAUAUAAUUAUAUUUUAUCAUAGAUAACUAUAAAUUCCCAGUAACAGGCAGUAUACAAAUGAGUUCCCAAUCUGCAGGGUUUUCCUGUUCCAAACUUUCACAAACUUCCGUAUAGUCUACAGUGAUAAUUUUUUAAGGGAUUAAAGAAGAUUCCCUUAAGUUUUCACCAUUAACAAGUAUUGGAUCUGAAUUUUUUUGCAUUGAUACAGAUGAUCACACUUUCUUCUGUUUAUGUGGUAAACAGCACCACAUUAAAAAUGUUCUCUACUCUAGCUUUCCUAAAGUAAUUUGGCUAUGAAAUAUUUUGUCACUCUUUUGCUUGUUUUUAGGAUUUUGCAGUUCUGUUGAUAGAUUAUCCCAUCGUUUUCUAUUUUUAUGAAUAUUUUAACAUUUUGGCAAUAAGGUUGUGCCAGCCUCAAAAGGCAAUUUCAGAAGUGUUCUUUCCUCAGUGCCCUGGGACAAUUAAUUUAACACCAACAGCACUUUUACCUUAAAAACUUAGUGGAACUAGUGGAAUCAUCUGGGCCUGAGAUUUUUCCAUGGGAAGGCUAUUUCUCUACCUAACUGGCAGAUUCAAAUUCUGCAGCAUAAAAAACGUAACUUUUCCCGUCUUCCCUCCGUUGGCAAGCGUACGGCAGUCCAAGUGGCUCUCAUCUCUCCAGGCCUGUGGCGAUUCCCUUCACAGUCUCCACGGGCCGCUCACGGUGCUCCCGUGGACAGCGUUAUCACCGAAAACUGGGCUGUUUCCGGAAACUGCGUUGUACAGUUGUAUUUACUCUUGAUUUCUGCUUGUUUAGGUUCAACUUGUUUUAACUUCUUGAGAUGGGUGGUGCAGCCUUUCCUUCUGCCUGUCACUUAAUGUUACUACAAUACUGCAAACAUCAACCUCGGAACCCUCUUCAUAACCUAUGAUCUGUGCGGCAUUUCAUCCACAGGUAGAGCUUCAAACUGCCUUGCAUGCAGGUAACUGUUACAGCAUUUUAUCUUUCAGAGUGGAAUAGUGAAAUCAAUUUUCCUGCUUCCCACACCCCACUGGAGUCCAUAGCCGGCUUCACUCCGCUGCCCCUGCCUAUCUCUCCCCUGUACACUGGCCAUCUGCAGCUUCUGGACCAGCACCUGAGCCCCGUCCUCAGCACCCUGACACCUAAGCAACAUCCAACCCCGUGCACCGUAACUCCUAAAUCUCUUCCAAGUCCACACCUCCUUGCUCCCCCUCAUCACUGCUACGCUUAUCCAGACAGCGUCACUCUUCUCUGGACUAUGCAACAAGCUGCUGCCUUGCUCUUCCCUCUAGUCUUUCCCGCUGUGAACCUACUUUUCAGAGAUGUUCCCACGGGUGCAAAGCCUGUCAUGUCUCUUCUCCCCGCCGAUGCUCAUCCUUGCUCCUGUGAAAUAAACGCCGUUCUUGGCAAUGAGCACAGAGCCCUUUCAGGCACAGGGCUCGUCCGGUACUCUCACCCACAUGAAAACAUACUUGAAAGACGCUGAAUGAUGUGUUUCUCCCAGGUAGGGCCCUGUUCCGAUCUCCCUUCCGUGAACUGCAGUGCUGCCUCAGAUCUACCCUUCAGUCACUACAACCCCCACUGCCGACACGGUGUAUGCUAGAAGCACUGGCUCCAACGCAAACGACAGCAUAUUUCACACACGAUCUCUUAACCACAGAAAGGACCUGAUUAUUAAAUACAUCCAAACUCAAGACUGUAUCUAUGUAUUCAGUUUUAUUUGGUAUAUACCACUAUGAGCUUAUUGUAAUUGGAAUCCAUGACAGGAUUUUUAAAAUUUUAUUUUAUGAUUAGUCAACUCCACAAAGACAAUAAUACUGCUGUGGAAGACCAAAGGGAGAAAAAACCUGACGUAUUUAUUUACAGUUCCCUAUGUUGUAAACGCGUCAUCUAUACACUGUUACUAACAUAGCGAGAGCAUUACAGAGCCGAGGACACGAAGCCCUGGGUUUCCAUUCACAGGCAGCAAUAGCAUCUUAUAGUGGAACACCAGGUCUGCUUUUGAUUAGCAUUAUGCCUUCUUUAGAUAAUUAUCUCUCAAAAGAACCAAAUAUAUUUAAAUAUUUUUCAACUAAAACUACGUAAGCCAAUGUAUUUGGCUUAUAAUUUCAUUUUUAGAAUAAAGUGCUAUAAGUAACCUGGCAAUCAACACUUUCUGUAAGAACAAACUACUUUAAACAUUAAUUUACAAGAUAUACAGUGUUCAUCUGGAAUUGCUGAAAUCUCAGCACAAAGUCACUGUCACAUGAAUAACAGCAGGGUUUUUUGCAUAACAUGAAGCUUUGAAAUUUAACUGAUGAAUUAUUGCCACAACGGCUUAUUAUUGGUUUCCUACAAAAGAGGAUAAGAACUACUAGUGUAUUCUACCUUUUCACUUUUUUGAGGUCACUUGACAGUAAGUUUGCAUAUUCACCAAGUCUACUGAGCUACAAUAUUGUCUACUACAAUCACUGCUCUUUGUAAGAGCAAAUGCUAAUGAAAAUAACAUAUAUCACUAAAAAAAAA